AUGUCUUUUGAUCCAUUUUUUGUUUCAACAACGAAUAAAAAACGCAAAAAUAACAAAACUAAUAACAUUAAAUUUAAUAAGAAAAAUAAAGGUAAAGGUAAUAUCGUUAGCAAUGAUGGUAGUAGUAGUAAUGACGAUGACGACGAAAUUGGAACUGCCGAAGAAGAUAAGAUUAGAGACAUUGCAGAGAAAAGAAGACAGAUUGAUCGAGAUUUGAUUGCCGCACGAUUAAGAGAUGAUGCGUUGGAUAGAGCGGGCCGAUUACAUCAUCUUGUGGCUGACAAAUUUGAUUUCUCGUCAGUUGCAUUGCAUUCAACAGCCAAAAUCAAAUCCGGUCGUCAUGAUUUAUCAGUUACUUGUUUAGCAGUCCCUGAGUCAGGUCAAUACUUUUACACCGCCUCAAAAGAUCAUUCAAUAAUAAAAUGGGAUUUAGCAACUGGGAAGAAAUUGCACGUAUUUCCUGGUGGUAGAAAAGAAAUUAAAAAUUUUGAUGGUCAUACUAAACAUAUUUUGUCAUUAGCAAUAAGUUCCGAUGAAAAUUAUUUGGCUAGUGGUGGUGCAGACAAAAAGAUCAAUAUUUGGUCAGUUAAGGAAAAUAAAUUUAUAAAAUGUUUAUUACAACAUAAAGAUUCUGGGCUUGUAUUUCGUAAAGGUCACAAUCAACUAUACAGCGCUUCCUUCGAUCGUACCAUCAAAUUAUGGGAUAUUGAUCAAUUGGGCUUCAUAGAAACAUUGUUUGGACAUCAAGAUCAAAUAAUGUCAAUAGAUACUAUUUCAAAAGAACGAUGCAUCACUGCUGGUGCUCGUGAUCGUACAUGUAGACUUUGGAAGAUUGUUGAGCAAACACAAUUGGUUUUCAGAGGUGAUACAAAAGGAGCAAAUUUCACUCCUACUACACCUACAUCUAUUACACAAAACCAAAAAGAAAAUGGAGGAGGAGGAGGUAUUGAUGUGGUGGCGAUGAUAGAUGAAGAUAAUUUUCUUAGUGGUGGUGACAGUGGUGAUGUUUAUUGGAUCACAGCGUUAACAACUAUUAGGCAUUCUGAUUUAUUUGCAUCUGGCUCAUGGGAUGGAUAUAUUAGAUUUUGGAAGUUGGUUAAUAAUAUUCGCUCAUUUGUUCCACUUGCCAAGAUACCAAUACUGGGAUUUAUUAAUUGUUUACAUUUUAUUACACCAACUAUAAAAAAAUCAAAAAAUUUAUUAUUAGCUAAUAAGAUGGAUGGUGAUGAUAAAAAUGGAGUUGAUGGUGAAGGUGUUAUGGACAUUGAAGAUAUAAAUGAUAAUAAUGAUGUCAAGGAAAAAAAUGGUGAAUAUGAGGAUGAGAUGACAAAAAUGAUUACUACAACUAAAGGCAAAACUUAUAUUUUAGCUGGUGUUGGACAAGAACAUAAAUUAGGUAGAUGGUUAAGAUUGAAAAAGGCUAGGAAUGGUUGGAAAUUAGUUGAACUUGAUGUUAAAAAAUAA